AUGGCGGCUGUGAAUAAUGCUUUUAUUGCCACGGGUCAUAAACAAACCAUAACUUUGAAUUGGAAAAGUAUUCUAAAAAAAUGUGAGGAUUUUUCAGGUCCGGUGAAUGGAUUUGUGUUUGUUGAUUUUAAUUCUAUUAUCGAACAAACAUGCCCAAGAGACUCAUUCUUUGAUGUUAUUGGACAAAUUGUCUCAUUUCGGGCACUUGAAACAUCAAAUCCUAACCCAUCCAAGCAUUACAUAAAGAUGACUAUUAGCAACCUACAGUCUGUACACCUGAAGGUCACCAUAUUUGGAACUCAAGCAUACCAGAUGUCACACAAUGAUUUUAAAGGGGAUUUCCCUUUAAAAAUAGUUUGUGAGAUCACAAAACCACUGAAGGUAAUGAAAUUUCUAUUAGUUGGUUUCAUCUGUAAAGAUCUGCGUUGCAACAAUUCGGAUUUUCAUACAGUUACAAAGUAUAUAAUUCCAAUCAACAUACAAGAUGAUACGGGCACCAUUGGAUUGACUCUUUUUGAUAGGGAAGCGAAGAGGCUGUUAGAUAUAAGUGCAUACGACUUGAAAAAGAUACAUGAAGCGAGUAUUCAAUCCGUGUCCUUAAAUCAAGUACCUUUGGAAUCAGAUGAUGUUGUACAGAAUGUUCAGAAGGAUUUGAUCUCACAAAUGGAUGAGAUUUUUACACCCUCAACAGUUGAUAAAUCAACCGCAACCAGUCCUAUCAAAAUAUCAACUGAUUUGAAGCGCAACCUCCAUGACAUUUAUGACGUUGAUUGUGGAGAUGAUUUGAGUUCAAAAAGUCUAAAAGAAAAUCAAUCGGAGAGGAAAAUCCACUUUUAG